UUUAUCGCCUUUGCCUCUUUGUUCUUCAUCCUAGUUUCAAUCACAACCUUUUGCCUGGAAACGCAUGAGGCUUUCAAUACUAUUAUAAACAAAACUGAGCAGGUUGUCAAUGGGACAGAAACUGUGCUACAGUAUGAAAUUGAGACUGAUCCUGCGCUGACAUACGUGGAAGGAGUCUGCGUGGUGUGGUUUACAUUUGAAUUUUUAGUACGUGUUGUUUUUUCCCCCAACAAACUUGAAUUCAUCAAAAACCUCUUGAAUAUCAUUGACUUUGUGGCCAUCCUGCCCUUUUACCUAGAAGUGGGCCUGAGUGGGCUUUCCUCCAAAGCUGCUAAGGAUGUGCUUGGUUUCCUCAGGGUGGUAAGGUUUGUGAGGAUCCUGCGAAUCUUCAAGCUGACCCGGCACUUUGUGGGACUCAGGGUGCUGGGCCACACUCUGCGAGCCAGCACCAACGAAUUUUUGCUGCUGAUAAUAUUCCUGGCACUCGGUGUUUUGAUAUUUGCCACCAUGAUCUACUACGCAGAGCGGGUGGGAGCCCAGCCUAAUGACCCCUCAGCAAGUGAGCACACACAGUUCAAAAAUAUCCCUAUUGGCUUCUGGUGGGCUGUAGUCACCAUGACCACCCUGGGAUAUGGGGAUAUGUAUCCACGGACUUGGUCAGGCAUGCUGGUGGGAGCCCUGUGUGCGCUGGCGGGGGUGCUCACCAUAGCCAUGCCCGUGCCUGUGAUUGUUAACAAUUUUGGGAUGUACUACUCCCUGGCCAUGGCAAAGCAGAAACUGCCGAGGAAACGGAAGAAGCACAUCCCUCCUGCUCCUCAAGCCAGCUCGCCCACCUUCUGCAAGACUGACUUGAACAUGGCCUGCAAUAGCACACAGGGGGACAUCUGCCUGGGCAAGGACAACCAGCUGAUGGAGCACAACAGAUCAUCAGUGUUAUCAGGUGAAGACAGUGCAGGAAGUGAGCAGCCACUCUCACCUGGUGAAAGGCUCCCUCCCAUCAGACGCUCUAGUACCAGAGACAAAAACAGAAGAGGGGGAACAUGUUUCCUACUGACAACAGGUGAUUACACGUGUGCUACUGAUGGAGGGAUCAGGAAAGUGUUGUACAGAAUUUAUCAUGGAUUUUUGACUGCUGAAAAAGGGACAAUGGAAUUUAGCCAUACCAAGGACUGUACUGGAAAGAGACUGCUGCUGCUGAAUGGGCCCUGAUAAACAACUCACGCCUUGAGGAGGUCACUGAGACUUUACAUGGGAAGUAGAGCUUGUUAAAGAAGAUUGAAGACUGCUUAUAAUUACUGCUGCCAGAGGAAGGGGUGACUAGUCACUGUUGAUGAGUCAGCUGUAAAUAAAACGUGUGUGCAUGGAAUAUCAGUUUUUAUCUAUAUCAAGGAAAGCUGAAUUCAAGUCAUCAUUGCUAAGGCUCCAUGCAAUGACCCACACCCCCAUGUGUAUUAUUCCUGGUUCCUGCAGUAAGUUGUGCUGUGGAUCAUACAAAGACACACACAAUAAUGAUAGUGAUGUAAACUACAUCUGUCUUGACUUCUGUCAUAAUAAUGGUAUAUUUUGCAAAGGUCACAAAUAUGAACAGAGUAGGUUUGCAUAAGUCCUUGCUUUCUCAGUUUGCCAUGACCUAUAUUUGUAUGAAUUCUAGUGUACAUGCCAAGGCUUAAGUUUACUUUUCACUUUGAUAACAGAAGUGUGACUGCAGACAAACAUCACUGACUUUGUUCACAGCACACAGUCUUCUUUCAUUGUUACCUCAAACUAUAAGUAUUAUGAG